UGGAGCUGGGACUGAAUGAAGAUGAUACUUUUGCUAAGGGGCCUACAUUGACUGUAUAUAAAGAGUCUUUUGAAUCUCAAUUUCUUGCUGACACAGAAAGAUUCUAUACAAGAGAGAGCACUGAAUUUUUGCAACAAAACCCAGUUACAGAAUACAUGAAAAAGGCAGAGGCUCGUCUUUUGGAGGAACAACGUAGGGUUCAGGUAUACCUGCAUGAGAGCACACAAGAUGAAUUAGCACGAAAAUGUGAACAAGUGCUAAUUGAAAAACACUUAGAAAUCUUUCAUACAGAAUUUCAAAACCUAUUGGAUGCUGACAAAAAUGAAGAUUUAGGACGCAUGUAUAAUCUUGUUUCUCGAAUUCAGGAUGGCCUUGGAGAACUGAAAAAACUUUUGGAAACUCACAUUCAUAAUCAGGGUUUAGCUGCCAUUGAAAAAUGUGGAGAAGCUGCAUUAAAUGAUCCAAAAAUGUAUGUACAAACAGUGUUGGAUGUUCAUAAGAAAUACAAUGCACUAGUGAUGUCAGCUUUCAACAAUGAUGCUGGUUUUGUUGCAGCUCUAGACAAGGCUUGUGGUCGCUUCAUAAAUAAUAAUGCAGUAACAAAAAUGGCACAAUCAUCUAGUAAAUCUCCAGAAUUGUUGGCACGUUAUUGUGAUUCUCUGCUAAAGAAAAGCUCAAAGAAUCCAGAGGAAGCGGAGCUUGAAGACACACUUAACCAAGUGAUGGUGGUCUUCAAAUAUAUUGAGGACAAAGAUGUGUUUCAAAAAUUCUAUGCCAAAAUGCUGGCAAAGAGGCUGGUACACCAGAACAGUGCUAGUGAUGAUGCUGAAGCAAGUAUGAUUUCCAAAUUGAAGCAAGCUUGUGGCUUUGAGUACACAUCCAAACUUCAAAGGAUGUUCCAAGAUAUAGGUGUAAGCAAAGACCUGAAUGAGCAGUUCAAAAAGCACCUAUCCAAUUCAGAGCCAUUGGAUUUGGACUUCAGCAUACAAGUACUAAGCUCUGGAUCUUGGCCCUUUCAAAUGUCUUGUGCAUUUGCUCUCCCAUCAGAGCUGGAGCGCAGUUAUCAGAGAUUUACUGCUUUCUAUGCAAGUCGUCACAGUGGCAGAAAAUUAACAUGGUUGUAUCAGCUAUCCAAAGGCGAACUAGUUACCAAUUGCUUCAAAAAUCGAUAUACUCUACAGGCAUCUACAUUUCAGAUGGCAAUCCUGCUGCAGUAUAACACAGAAGACGCCUACACAGUCCAGCAACUGACUGACAGUACUCAAAUAAAAAUGGAUAUUUUGGCACAAGUACUCCAGAUUUUGUUAAAGUCAAAAUUGUUGGUUUUAGAAGAUGAAAAUGCAAAUGUUGAUGAAGUGGAAUUGAAACUGGAUACUUUAAUAAAAUUGUACCUUGGCUAUAAAAACAAAAAAUUACGCGUUAAUAUAAAUGUGCCAAUGAAGACUGAACAGAAGCAGGAACAAGAAACAACACACAAAAAUAUAGAGGAAGAUAGGAAACUCCUGAUCCAGGCUGCUAUUGUGAGGAUUAUGAAGAUGAGAAAAGUCCUUAAGCAUCAGCAGUUGCUUGGAGAAGUGCUUACCCAGCUGUCAUCAAGAUUCAAACCACGAGUCCCAGUAAUAAAGAAGUGCAUUGAUAUUCUAAUAGAGAAGGAAUACUUGGAGCGGGUGGAUGGUGAAAAGGAUACCUACAGUUAUUUGGCUUAACAAUUUAUAGCAGCUUUCAAUGUCACUCUUAAAUUGUAACAAGUUUGAAAGAGAAUAAAACUUGUUUGUCUGCUGCUGUCUGGAUUUCCAUUUUUAUAACUAAGACCAGAACUACCACCUGCCAGUCCUAGAAUUACAUCAGACCUGCUCAGGAUUGAUACAUUUCAAGUUUGUAAAUAUGGACACCAAUGCCAUUUAAUCUAAUUUAAGAACAGAAUGGAAUCUAAAACCUCCACUGGAGGUUGCAUGCUACUGCAUUUAAAUCAAUACAUUGGCUAUACAAAGAAGAGCUGUUUCCCCAGACAGCACUUAUACACGUUGGCAGCACUUUUGAGAAAAUCUGAUUUGGGCACAUGUGUAAUCUGCUAUGAAAAAUCAUUUGUAUAGUGUGUUUCAUUUUUUAAUGUGCGAUAAAUAAAACAUUAAAAAUUUCUGUA